GCCUGUUACCUUAAAGCAAUAGAAACACAGCCAAACUUUGCAGUAGCCUGGAGUAACCUUGGUUGUGUGUUCAAUGCCCAGGGAGAGAUUUGGCUGGCAAUACAUCAUUUUGAAAAGGCUGUAGCAUUAGAUGCAAACUUUUUAGAUGCCUAUAUAAAUCUAGGAAAUGUUUUGAAAGAAGCCAGGAUAUUUGACAGGGCUGUAGCAUCAUAUUUGAGAGCUCUUAAUCUGAGCCCCAAUCAUGCUGUUGUACAUGGUAACCUGGCAUGUGUUUACUAUGAGCAAGGGUUGAUUGAUCUUGCCAUAGAUACAUACAAAAGGGCGAUAGAACUUCAGCCUAACUUCCCUGAUGCUUACUGUAAUCUAGCAAAUGCCCUCAAAGAAAAGGGAAAGGUUCAAGAAGCUGAAGAAUGUUAUAAUACAGCUUUAGCUCUAGCCCCUAACCACUCUGACUCGUUAAAUAACCUGGCAAAUAUCAAACGUGAGCAGGGAAACACAGAGGAAGCUGUACGUCUCUAUUUGAAGGCCCUGGAAGUGUUCCCAGAAUUUGCUGUGGCACAUUCUAAUCUAGCUAGUGUACUUCAACAACAAGGGAAACUUCAUGAGGCUCUGUUACACUACAAGGAAGCAAUUAGAAUUUCACCAACAUUUGCCGAUGCAUAUUCUAACAUGGGUAACACAUUAAAGGAGAUGCAGGAUGUGCAGGGAGCCCUUCAAUGUUAUACUAGAGCUAUACAGAUCAAUCCUGCAUUUGCUGAUGCCCACAGUAAUCUUGCCUCUAUACACAAGGAUUCUGGUAACAUCCCAGAAGCCAUACAGUCGUACAGAACAGCCCUGAAGUUAAAACCAGAGUUCCCAGAUGCUUAUUGUAAUCUUGCUCAUUGUUUACAGAUUGUGUGUGACUGGAGUGAGUAUGAGGAGAGAAUGAAGAAGUUAGUACUGAUAGUUGAUGAACAGUUAGAGAAGAAUCGUCUCCCCUCUGUACAUCCUCAUCAUAGUAUGUUGUAUCCACUAAAACACGAGAUGAGGAAGAAUAUAGCCGGGAGACAUGCUAAUCUAUGCUUAGAAAAGAUAAAUAUAUUACACAAGCCACCAUACGAGCAUCCGAAAGAUUUGACUGUAAGUGGUGGAAGAUUGAGGAUUGGUUAUGUAAGCUCUGACUUUGGUAAUCAUCCAACAUCACAUUUGAUGCAGAGUAUACCAGGGCUACAUGAUAAAGAUUCUGUUGAGGUAUUUUGUUACUCGCUUAGUGCAGAUGAUGGUACGAAUUUCCGAGCCAAAAUUUCUAGGGAAGCUGAACAUUUUGUAGAUUUGUCCCAGAUACCAUGCAAUGGUAAAGCUGCAGAUCGUAUCAACUCUGAUGGUAUACAUAUACUAGUCAACAUGAAUGGUUAUACUAAAGGAGCUAGAAAUGAACUAUUUGCAUUGAGACCUGCACCUAUCCAGGUAAUGUGGCUAGGUUACCCUGGUACGAGUGGUGCACCAUUCAUGGAUUACAUUAUCACAGACCGGUUCACAUCUCCAAUUGAAAUAGACAUGCAGUAUUCAGAGAAACUGGCCUACAUGCCAGACACAUUUUUCAUUGGGGACCACAAAAACAUGUUUCCACAUCUACUGGAGAAGAUCCUUAUCAAACAAGAUGAAGAUCAGCUUUUCAAGGACAAUAAUAUAGUCCUUAAUGGAGUCAAUUUACAAGCCAUGAAAGAUGCCGUCCAGUGUAAGACUGUAACUGUACGUUGUGCACCAGGGACAACUACAGAUGAGGAGAAUGGGGAGCCGGGUACCGUGACGUAUCAAACUGUAGUUGUCCAGGUGGGACAUGUUCUAACACAGAUGAUGCAGAGUGGAUUAUCUCAUGCUUUAGUGAAUGGUGUCACUAUACAAAAUGGUGUAACCACCCAACAGGUAUGCAUUGCUGAUAGUGAGAAUGCGGACAGCCAAAUUUUAUUACUCUUACAGACAAACAAUAAAUGUGCUACUGGAGAAGAAAUUCCUGAUAACAUUAUAAUCAGUGCGAGAUGCCAGUAUGGGCUUCCAGAAGAUGUUGUUGUGUACUGCAACUUUAACCAGCUGUAUAAGAUAGACCCUGAGACACUACAGAUGUGGCUGGACAUUCUGAAGAGAGUACCAAACAGUGUGCUGUGGCUGCUCAAGUUCCCUGCAGUUGGUGAACCAAAUAUUGUUCAGAAGGCAAAAGAUGAAGGGAUAGAUGCUAGUAGGGUUGUGUUUUCAAAUGUAGCACCAAAAGAGGAGCAUGUACGACGUGGACAGUUAGCAGAUGUUUGCCUGGACACACCCUUAUGUAAUGGUCACACAACAGGGAUGGAUGUACUGUGGGCAGGUACACCAAUGGUAACAUAUCCGGAAGAGACCUUGGCUUCACGUGUUGCCUCCUCCCAACUAAAAGCAUUAGGAUGUCCAGAACUGAUAGCAUCAGAUAGAGAUGAUUAUGUUAAUAUAGCAGCCAGACUAGGGACAGAUAGAGAUUAUUUACAAGCAAUGAGAGCUAAAGUGUGGAAGGCUCGGCUAACCAGUCCUUUGUUCAACUGUUCAAUGUAUGCAAAAAAUAUGGAGAAAGUAUUUUGGCAGAUGUGGAAAACGUGUUCACAUGGGGAGCCACCCAAACAUGUAACACAAGUCAACUAGUUCAUGACAGUUUAUUAUUGACCCUUUGAUUCUGACUUGUUAAUCACCUUUUAAUAGUGUGUUUCAAUUGUACAUGAUACCCCUAGAUUACUCACCACAAAGCUGUACAUUUCUUCUUUAUAAAUAGUGUCUGUCUGUCUGUCUUCUCACCAAGUGUUUAUCCAGUAUUUUCAGAAAAUGUCAGAAUUUGUUUUAUAGACAAUGGAGUACGGUAAAAAAUCUAUUGCUUAUUCAUUUUGCUUAGUUUGUUAUUUAUGGCUGAUUUGCUUUAUUUCUUAAAAGAAUCUGUUUUUGCAUGAAAAUCUCAUUGGCAUUAGACUCGAAAAGAUUAAUUUGAAGUUGAUAGAUAUUUACUAAUUUAUGAAAUUGUGUUGAUGGAUAGAUAUACAUUGUAUGUUACAUUUUUGUUAAGAUCUUUCCAAUAAAAUGUUGAUUUAUUUAAAUUUUGAUUGUGAUUAUAGAGUGAGAAUCACCUAAAACUAUUGUUAUUUUAUACUAAUGACUAGUAGUUGUUUUUUCCCAUUAUUUAGAACAAUGAAAGGAAACAUUUUGUAACAAUUGAGUAUUCUUGCAUUUUUCACCAAAAGUUUAAUUUGUGCUGUAUUAGACAGAAUUUGAAGAUUUGCAGAACUUUGGACAAUAUUUUACUGGAUUAAUGAAUCGUUGAAAAUUUAAAAUAUUGUUAUUUUUGUUAAGAAGCCAAUGUAAUAGCUGCCUUACAGGAAUGAAAUUUAUGUACAAAACAAUAUUUUACUGAUCAACUGAAGUAUAUUUACAGUCCAUACGCAGCUUGGGAGCAAAAAUAGAAAUCUAGAUUUUAUGAGUGGCUCAAAAUCAUGGCUCUGAGGUAAUUGCCUCAUGAAACCCAUUUGAAAUUCAUAUUAAAUAUAAUAAAAUUGAAUAAUACACAUGAACUGUGAUAAUAUUUCUUUUGUUUAUGCAAUGGAAUAUCUUACCAUAUUUAUGAAAUGCAAAUUCAAAUAUUGUAUACUAAGUAUAUCAGUUUAUUUUUAAUUUCCAACAAGAGUGAAACAUUUCCAAAUUGACCUUCAAUUUAUUUAAAGUUAAAGAUUGUUUAAUGUAUUUUUUUUGCUCAACAUAGGGUGAUUUUUGAGACCCAUGUUUAAUCCUAUUUAAGGUCUUAUAUAAUUAUUUACUUAUUUAUAAUUAUUAUUUAUUUACAUUUUACUUAUUACUACAAAACUAUUUUUUUCCAAAAUUUUUGGUUUGACUUUCCGUAUAAAUGUUAGAUCUUGGUCAAUCUUAAUAUUUUUUCUCUGCUUUUAGCAAGAUUUUCAGUUAUUGUAUCUUUAAUGUUUUGUUUUAUCUUUAAACAGAAAAACAAAUUGUAUCUGCAAAUAUUUCAUAGUAAUCUAUAUAGAUGUAAAGAUUUUUUUCAACAAAUCUAUAUAGAUGUAAAGAUUUUUUUCAACUUUUUACAGUGACUGUGUUAGGGUCAUUUAAAAUUUUAUGAAGAUAUACUGUCACUGCAGUUAUUAAACUAGAAUUUGUCUUAAUUAUAAGUUAUAUGUGCAAGUAAUCUUUGUGAUGCAGUGCCACCAACUAUGCAUGCAUAUUUGUUCCUAUAAAUACUAUAUAUAUAAAUUGAUUACAAGAUUUUCAAAUGUAACAGGCAAAAAAACAAAAGACAAAUAAUUAUACUUUUCAAGUCCAGUCAACUCAUAAGGAAUUGGGAAAUAUUGUGGUUCAUAGUAAAUCAUACUUGCUGGUAAAUGUUUACUUAAUAACUACUUAAGCUUUCUUACUCACACUUAACUGUUUAAACUUUUUUUAUUCACUCACACUAAACUGUUGAUAAAUGCCAUAGAUGUGCUUUUACGGAACAUUAAAACAAAUGUAUGUGUUCAUUAAACAUUAUUUAAUUUGGUGUUGUAUUUUCUUCUGUACAGAUUUAUGUGUACACUUUACCUUAUUCUAAACUUGAUGGAAUGAAAUUCCUGUGUACAGACCCCCCGAUUGUUAUAUUAUAUUGGAAUAGAAAUCAUUGUAGAUAGGCUAACACUGUAUAUUGUUGGUGAUUUUGUGUGCUUGUUAUGUUAUUGUAGUUAAGGAUUGGAAUUGUAUUGAUCCUGCAAAAAAAAUAAAGCAUUGUAUUUUAAUGAAA